AUGGCACGUUGCGUACUCCCCUCUCAGCAACCGGCCUGGCGGCGGCGCGGCAGUAAAACUGAGGAGGCGGAGCCAAGACGAUCGGGGCUGCUUGCUAACUCCAGGAACAGGUACCUGCCCGGCGGUGUGCCUGGUGCGCUGCCGGGGCCAGUCCCUCCUCGCUCUGCCACCGAUUCCAUCUCCCCAGGCCCGGGCCUUCGUCGGAGCGGCCAUCCUGGGCUCACCCUCACCCUCCACGGACCCUCUUUUUAACCCGCGUCCUCGACUCCCGCAAUGAGGCGCCGCAGCCCGAGAGCAGAAUAGGCUUGGGCCUGGCGGGGAGACGCUGAAGCGGAGUUGCCGGGCGAGAGAGGCGGGCUCCUGCUUUCCCCUUCCUCCCCACCUCCUAGGACUUCCAGGUGGGGAACCUAGGGCUGGGUGCCGGUUUGUCCUGCUCAGGCAGAGUGGCGGCCGACCCCAGUGCUGGGCUCCCCGCUCUCCCCAGCCGCCGCGCACCUCGGGCUGACAGGCAGCGGGUCAAGUCCUCGUAAGGACGCCAGAUCCAGCUGACUCCCAGAAUCGGCCUAAACGAAGAGCUCAUUGUCUUUUUGUUUUCCAAAAAUGUUUUUUGAGUGCCUGCAGGGGAUUUGGGCGCCGGAGAUGGGGGUUGAGGGUUGAGGGUUGGGGAUAAGGAAGAGAGCUCGAGGGAAGGGCAGUGGGUUUAAGUUUUUGAAACUGAAGUAGGUCUACACAGUAGGAACUCAUGUCGUUUCUUGUAAGUAAACCAGAGCGAAUUAGGCGGUGGGUCUCGGAAAAGUUCAUUGUUGAGGGCUUAAGAGAUUUGGAACUAUUUGGAGAGCAGCCUCCGGGUGACACUCGGAGAAAAACCAAUGAUGCGAGCUCAGAGUCAAUAGCAUCCUUCUCUAAACAGGAGGUCAUGAGUAGCUUUCUGCCAGAGGGAGGGUGUUAUGAACUGCUCACUGUGAUAGGCAAAGGAUUUGAGGACCUGAUGACUGUGAAUCUAGCAAGGUACAAACCAACAGGAGAGUAUGUGACUGUACGGAGGAUUAACCUAGAAGCUUGCUCCAAUGAGAUGGUAACAUUCUUGCAGGGCGAGCUGCAUGUCUCCAAACUCUUCAACCAUCCCAAUAUCGUGCCAUAUCGAGCCACUUUUAUUGCAGACAAUGAGCUGUGGGUUGUCACAUCAUUCAUGGCAUAUGGUUCUGCAAAAGAUCUCAUCUGUACACACUUCAUGGAUGGCAUGAAUGAGUUGGCGAUCGCUUAUAUCCUGCAGGGGGUGCUGAAGGCCCUCGACUACAUCCACCACAUGGGAUAUGUACACAGGAGUGUCAAAGCCAGCCACAUCCUGAUCUCUGUGGAUGGGAAGGUCUACCUGUCUGGUUUGCGCAGCAACCUCAGCAUGAUAAGCCACGGGCAGCGGCAGCGAGUGGUCCACGAUUUUCCCAAGUACAGCGUCAAGGUUCUGCCGUGGCUCAGCCCUGAGGUCCUCCAGCAGAAUCUCCAGGGUUAUGAUGCCAAGUCUGACAUCUACAGUGUGGGAAUCACAGCCUGUGAACUGGCCAACGGCCACGUCCCCUUUAAGGAUAUGCCUGCCACCCAGAUGCUGCUAGAGAAACUGAACGGCACAGUGCCCUGCCUGUUGGAUACCAGCACCAUCCCCGCCGAGGAGCUGACCAUGAGCCCUUCGCGCUCAGUGGUCAACUCUGGCCUGAGUGACAGCCUGACCACCAGCACCCCCCGGCCCUCCAACGGCGACUCGCCUUCCCACCCCUACCACCGAACCUUCUCCCCCCACUUCCACCACUUUGUGGAGCAGUGCCUUCAGCGCAACCCGGAUGCCAGGCCCAGUGCCAGCGCCCUCCUGAACCACUCGUUCUUCAAGCAGAUCAAGCGACGUGCUUCAGAAGCUUUGCCCGAAUUGCUUCGUCCUGUCACCCCCAUCACCAAUUUUGAGGGCAGCCAGUCUCAGGACCACAGUGGAAUCUUUGGCCUGGUAACAAACCUGGAAGAGCUGGAAGUGGACGACUGGGAGUUCUGAGCCUCUGCAAACUGUGCGCAUUCUCCAGCCAGGGACGCAGAGGCCACCCAGAGACCCUUCCUGAGGGCUGGCCACAUUCCCGCCCUCCUGGGCAGAUUGGGUAGAAAGGACAUUCUUCCAGGAAAGUUGACUGCUGACUGAUUGGGAAAGAAAAUCCUGGAGAGACACUUCACUGCUCCAAGGCUUUUGAGACACAAGGGAAUCUCAACAACCAGGGAUCAGGAGGGUUCAAAGCCAACAUUCCCAGUCCUGUGAGCUCAGGUGACCUCCUCCACAGAAGGAAGAGAUGCUGCUCUGGCCCUGGGAGCUGAAUUCCAAGCCCAGGGUUUGACUCCUUAACCCCGAGGACCGCCACCUCUUCCCAGUGCUUGCGACCAGCCUCAUUCUAUUUAACUUUGCUCUCAGAUCCUAUAGGUUAGUGAAAGGGCAAGUAGUAAGCUGCCUGCCUCCCUUCCCUCAGACCUCUCCCUCACAAUUCCAGAGAAGGGCAUUUCUGUCUUUUUAAGCACAGACUAAGGCUGGGACAGUCCAUCCUUAUCCCUCUUCUGACUCCUAAGUCUUUCCCACGGUUUAUGUGUGUGCCUCAUUCCUUUCCCACCAAGAAUCCAUCUUAGCGCCUCCUGCCAGCUGCCCUGGUGCUUUCUCCAAGGGCCAUCAGUGUCUUGCCUAGCUUGAGGGCUUAAGUCCUUAUGCUGUCUUAGUUUCAUUGUCAGAACAAAUUAAAAUUUCUAGAGACCCUG